UUAAUCUGUGUUACUCAAAUUCUCACUAUGCUGAACAUAUUUUAAAAAGGACACAGAUUUCUGAAAUCGAUUACAGACUGCUAUCAGCUCCUCUAAGGCUGUGAACCAUUUCGCGGUUAAUUUUAACUUUUGGUUAAAAUCUGACACUCGAGUGGUUAAUUUGAUGUUGUCAAAAAUAACCCUGCUCGAGAGCAUGGUUAUUUUUGACAGAUCGAUAGUUAUUUUGCAACACUGAAAAAAAUCUCGCAAUGAAAAUUCUAACACUAAUUCUUUAGUUGAAAUUAUUUCCAGUGGAAAAUAAACCCAAAUAACUUUCCGUCCGUCAAAUUUUGAAAUGGGCCACAGUUUUAGUCAAAUUUAACUACUCGACACCAAAUAACCACUCAAGUGUCAGAUUUUAACCAAAAGUUAAAAUUAACCGCGAAAUGGUUCACAGCCUAAGUCGUCAAAUUGCUAAAAAAAUCGCAGUGCAAAUGAAUUUCCAACAGGGCGUUUUGAAGUAGUGUGACCUUUAUUUUUGUGUAAACAAAUUUUGUACAGACUGAUUUUUGGUACGAUCACAUAGUUUUGAAAACAUCACCUGGCAUCCCUGGCAGAGAAGUUUUCCGUUUCCGCCUAGUUUCCGCUAACAUAUCGCAACCCAACGUGUUCUCAUUCAGUCCUUAGCAAACGAAUAAGUUUCAUGUGUAGUUCAUUGAGCCAAUUCGAUACAGGAACAAAAUAAUUUACUUUCUAGUGGCUAUUUACUGUUAGUAUAUCCGCACAAUAAUGGAGAGCAGUGAAACAUCAGUUCCAAAACUCGAAAUAGCAACUGAUCCGAUCCCCAGUUCGGUGCAGAUAAAAACGGAAACCGACCGCAGAAAGUUCCUUUUUAACAACCAGUUCAUGUCGGAUGUAAUCUUCCUGGCGGGACCGGACAAGCAGCGAAUAUACGGUCACAAGCCGAUCCUAUUGAGUGCAUCGGAUUACUUUUUUCAACUAUUUCAAAACUAUACGGCCAAUGAGCUCCCGGUUGAAGACAGCGAUCCGAACAUUUUCCUGGAAUUACUACGGUUUUUAUAUUACGGAAAGAUUGAGCUAACCGCCGGCAAUGUGCGCGAAAUUUACAUUGAAUCGAAAAAGUUUUCGAUGGAAAAAAUAUUGGAAGCGGUGGAGAACUUUCUUAAUCAGACCAUUGACUCGAAAAAUGUGCUCUGCAAACUGAUGGAUAAUCGAUUCUACGAAUUUAAAUCAAUCGAGCAGAAGUGUUUAAGAAUAAUUUGUGACGAUCCUUUCUCUUACAUCAAUCAGGAAGACUUUACACGGCUGGACCGCAAAUCACUCGGAUUAAUUGUAACUGCCAAGACAAUCUGCUGUUCGAACGAUCAAUUGCUAGGAAUCUUGGAUACGUGGCAAAAAACGAACAACGAGGAAAAUGUUUCAGAUUUAAGAUUAGACAUCAGUUCAAAAUCGAUUGUCACGUGGAAAAAACUAUUGUUUUUCGGGGCGUUCUCUUCUAAUCCUAUUUCGGAAUCGCUAAGGUUUACAGUCAACAAAAAAUUUGGUGUAAAAAUUACUGGAAUAGGACUUUAUUACCAACCUAUCGACGAAAUAAUGAAAGUGCAUGUUUUUAUGACUUGUCAUAAAACAUGUGUCCCAAUACAUGUGCCGAUAAAGAUUUUUGUAAAUCAAGAAUACACUUUUUGAAAUGCUCACGUCAAAAUAAUGCACAUAGCUGAUAUUUUUUUUAAACCGAUUGACAUUGAACCUAAUGCAUUGUAUAGUAUAAAAAUAGAGUUUCAAACAGAUGUAAAGUAGUUCGGCUUCUGUUCUUAUCAACCAGCUCCCAAUGACAUAAAUCUUAACUUUAAACCUGAAAAAUCCAAUGUAUAUCCACCUAUCGCUUAUUUAUACUACAAGGAAAAUGUGUAAUCCAAACAAGUCUCGUCAUUAAAACGUGUAAAAAGUUAUUCCUAAUUUACAAAAUAAAGGAAUUUAUUGCGGAAUAAUUAUAUAAAAUAAAUCUGUCUGUUUUGCCUUUUUCUAUGAAAUGCGAUAGAAUUGCUGUACAAACCGACUUUUGAUCGGAGCUCUGGAGACCCCUAGUGUUUUGUUCCAUUCGACUCAGCUCAACGAUAUCGGCAAAUGUCUGAGUGCGCACCUUUCGAAGAAUUAUUCUAU